UUUCCUGUUGCGUCAUUUGGUUUCCUAGCAACUGACGGCCUCGGCGGUAAUUCGAACAGCAGAGGCCGUAAUGAAGCGGGGAGGGAGUUCGCAGUUGAGAGAGGUCUUGUGCGCUCUGUGCCGGCUCGUAUCUGGCUGCGGCGUGGGGCUCAACCCAGAGACGUUUAGGAGGGCUAAGUUUGACCGUCCCGAAACGGCACCAGAGUUUUGGAAUUUGCUGUACUGCUUGCUAACGAAGAUCUACCAAGUGAGAUACGGUUCACCGGUCUCAAUAAAUGAACCUGAAAACUUGGAAAACCGAACUUCCUACGUAAAAACUGUACUGUGGCAUCAAGGCUAUGGAAGAUCUGCCUUUUACCACUUACCUUUUGAUGGGUCUCAGGGCAGCAGGGAGUUACUGCUUGCAUUUUCCUGGCUCUUGCUCCGAAUGAGGCCUCUAGAGCGAAUCCUUCAGAUGAACAGAGUCUCAGUAGGGGAUGAAAUAUCUUUUUGUAUGUGCCCAGGCAAAGAAGACCUAAAAGAGAACAAAGAUUCCGAAUCUCUAGACGGUAGAGAAGUGGACGUGCGAUAUUUGCAAUGGCUGAAUGGAAAACUCAGUUUUUGCUGGAGAAGCCUUCAUGCUGCUCACCAGGAGAAAUGCACUCUUCAACAUAAGAUUCAUUCAUACACACAAGGCUGUCAUGUUGAUCAAAGUGUCAGUCAUUUGUCUGUCUUGGAAACAGAUCUUGUGCGGCAUCCUGAAAACUACACUAAGUUAUUGCAGUUGCUUCAAUCAGAAAAUACAAACCUAGAAGCAUAUAUGGAAUGGAAGCGCCUUGAACCAGUGUACUGGCAGUGGAUGGUGAGUGUCUUGGAGUCCACUCCUGAAAAUGAUCAAGGUCUCUCUAUGCAAGAUUACAAAAGAAAUACAACUUCUCUGUGGAGCAACAAUCUUAAUCAUGAUAUAGACAAACUAAACAGUGACUUGGACCAAAAAGCCAGGUAUCUUCAAGAACUUUUAGAACGACGACGGUCAUCUUGGAAUGGGCAGGGCAGCAGCUGGUGGUGGCUUGCCAAGCUAUGCAUGUAUAGAAGGCACUACAGAUAUGCAAGGAUCAAAGAGAUAGAAAAGAAUGUCACUGAAAAGGAAUUGCGUUUGAUGUUUAAGAAAAUAAAGCAAGAAGUACAAAAGAACACAGAAGAUCUGAAAUCCCAGCGAGCACAAGCCAAAGAUCUCCAUGGCCCAUACAGAUUGGUCUUUAGAGAAGCCAGUGGGACUCAGAGCAAGAACCUUUACAUGAGAGCUUUCCAUGCGACGGAGCUGGUUAAAGAACUGCAAAAAGUUUGCACAAAAAUGGAGGCUGAAUUACAAAAGCUGCAAGAUGAAUGCAGAUGCAAGUUGGAAGAAAUUUCUGAAGAAUUUGAAGGGAUAAUUUGUAUUCCUCCUGCUAAAGGCUGAUUGGCCAAAACUUUACAGUAAAGCUGGCCAUAGACGCAAAGAUCCGAUCGUACGAAUCAUUGUACGAUUGGACUUCCCCAUCUCCCGACCUGUCACUAACCGUUCAGAUCAAAGUCUUAUCAUUCCGACCAAAUAAAGUA